AUGCCAUAUAAAUACGUCGUGAAGGUGGCAUCAAAGGGCUUCGAUGAGGCCUCAGAUCUGACCCCGUUCUCUUGGGCGUCUUACUUGGGCGACUCAGGACGCGGUCACGAGCAAUUCUUUCGUGCAACUCGGUUCCAGAACUCCCCAGAAGCAAAUAACGGGCCAUUGCAGUACGGAAAUAAGAAUAAGGAUUCAAUGUGGAACCUCAUAUCCAAGAAUCCUCAGUUCAAUGACGACUUCAAUGCUUUCAUGGAGGCCAGUUCUGGGGAUCGAGGAUUUUGGGUGGAUUGGUUCCCUGUACAAGAGCAUCUGCUGGAUGGGUUUACUGGAGGCGCAGAAGACGUCUUCCUUGUGGAUAUGGCUGGAGGGAGAGGUCAAGAUAUAAAGGCAUUUGAGGCUAAGUUCCCCAAUACGCCAGGGCGACUCAUUUUACAGGAAAGAGAGUGCAUGUUAGAUGAGGCGAAAUUGAGUGGCAAGAUCGAGAAAAUGGGUUUUGAUUUAUUCAAGCCUCAACAAGUCAAAGGUGCAAAAGUGUACUACAUGAAGAAGAUCCUGCACGAUUGGACAGACUCGCAGUGCCAGGAAAUCCUACAGCAUAUUCGAAGUGCAAUGUUGAAAGGCUAUUCAAAGUUGAUUAUCGAAGAAUUCGUCAUGCCUGAAAAGGAUGCCCCCUUACUCGCUACUUUGUGGGACUGGAAUAUGCUGGUCUUCUGCAGCACGAUGGAGCGGACUCAGACCCAAUGGAAUCAGGUAUUGGCUUCUGCGGGGUUCCAAGUUGUGAAGGUCUGGUCUCCUCCAGGAGAUAGCCAGAGUAUUAUUGAAGCUGAAAUGGUGUAA